AAUUCUACCCGGAAGCUCCAUUAACUUCCGUCACCCUGCAACCGGACCAACCGGUUUCCCCGGCUCAGACAAACUUUUUACUUUGGUCCCGCCUUGGAAUCCAGCGUUUACUCUGGAUUGGACACGUUUGCUAUGUAAUAUUCGUAGCCCAACCUGCGCUGUCUUUUCUGACCAAUCAGGAACCCGAGAAAGACAGCGAGUCACGAUAGGCGCAAUGAGUGUUUGAAGCCCGGCAGCAUCAUGUUUGGUUGUCGCUUUGGAGAGAGUGAAUGAAAUGUGCGGGCUGCUGGUGGCAGCGGAGUGCGGGUUAGCCGCCUGGGUCCGGUGAAGGGGGAAGCUGCAGGGAGACGGGGCCGCGCUGCAAGUGUCCAGUUUUCUCGUUACUCCAGGGUCAGGUGUGGGGUGUCACCCGGAAACAUGCCCGGUCCGCUGACAUGGGGCCCAAUGGCCGCUCUGCUCUUCUGUUCGCUCGCUGCGCUCAUAGCACAAGGAGCCGGGCUGGAGGACAAUGUAAUCUGGGCUGUCAACGCCGGGGGCGAUGCUCAUGUAGACGUGCACGGUAUCCAUUUCCGGAAGGACCCGCUGGAGGGCAGAGUAGGCAGAGCAUCAGACUAUGGAUUGAAAUUGCCCAUUUUACGGUCCAAUCCUGAAGAUCAGAUUCUGUACCAGACCGAGCGCUAUAAUGAGGACAGCUUUGGGUACGAGAUCCCCAUAAGGGAAGAAGGAGAAUACGUCUUAGUGUUAAAAUUUGCAGAGGUCUAUUUUGCACAGUCCCAGCAGAAGGUGUUCGAUGUGCGUGUGAAUGGCCAUACUGUGGUAAAAGACCUGGAUAUAUUUGACCGUGUGGGACACAGUACGGCGCAUGAUGAAAUCAUACCAAUUGUCAUCAGGAAGGGUAAACUGAGCGUACAAGGGGAAGUCUCCACCUUUACUGGGAAGCUUAAUGUUGAGUUUGUAAAGGGAUAUUAUGAUAACCCUUUUUGGAUAGCAAGAAAAAAUGUCACUUACAUUAAUGUCCGAGGACUGGAGGAAAGGCGGCCUCUGAGGAUCGAGGGGUCCAAGGAGAGAGCCCUCACUGGGUGGGUGCCCAACAGGGGGAAGCCCGUCCAAGCGAGCGAGUGGCUGGAACCCGAGGUGAGAAGGGAAGACGGAGAGGUGCCAAAACUACAGCCUCAUCCAGGCCUGGAGAAGAAGGAAGAGGAGGAAGAAGAUGAAGAGGAGGAAGGCCCAAGUACAAAGAAGCAGAACAACAAGAACCGUGUACAGUCUGGCCCUCGCACUCCUAACCCAUAUGCCUCGGACAACAGCAGCCUCAUGUUUCCAAUCCUGGUGGCCUUUGGAGUGUUUAUCCCCACACUCUUCUGCCUAUGCCGGCUAUAGGAGGCCGGGUGCCAAUUUUUUCUUUUUCUAGUUUGCUUUUUUUUUUUUCCCAGUAACUUUUCAUAAACUACAGUGAUGAAGCGGAAAAAAUCUCCUUCUCAAAAAUUUGUGGGGAUAGGUGACCCUAAACAGGCAGCAGAUUAUUGUACCACAUUACUUUUAUGACUUUGUGUUAAAUGGUUACGGAGCAGCUAAAGCUAUUUGAAUACCAGACAAUUCUGCCAAACAUUCAGGUAUGUGGUCCUGAGUGGGUUUUAAGCAUCUAAUAUGGUAACAACCUUAAGAGACCUGAGAAAGACUUAUAUGAACUAGUCUCAGUGAGGUGAAGGAGCUUUUUGAACUAUGGCUACACGUGUUGCAACCUACAAGAUGAGCGUGGAGCUUUUUUCAGGGUACGGUUUCUGCAUACUCUACGUUCCUUGGUGUAAACAGUCACCGGGUUUCAGUUUUCUAGACCACCAGACAACAUUAUUAAGCUGUAUCCUGUCUGAUGUAUGUGUAUGUUUUUUUGUGUGGGGUCAGGAGUUUACUUCAGUCUCUUCAUUCUCAUCUGUCGGUUUGUGAUACCUUCAUCACAGCAGCUAGGAUAGUCAGCUAGGUUUCUUCUAGUACUUGAAAUGGAGAACAUCGGCUCUGGUAAGACUGUUUUGGUAUCUGGAUUUCAUGAUGCACACAAUUUACAGUC